AUGCUCUUCUUCAAGUCUAUCGCUUCUCUCGCUGCUCUUGUCAGCCUGGCUGUCGCCAGCCCUAUUGAGAGCCGUCAAUCCGCCACCACCUGCGGCAGCACCAACUACUCCGCCUCUCAAGUCCGCGCUGCUGCCAACGCUGCUUGCCAGUACUACCAGAACGACGACACUGCUGGCAGCUCCACCUACCCUCACACUUACAACAACUACGAGGGUUUUGACUUCCCUGUCAACGGUCCCUACCAGGAAUUCCCCAUCAAGAGCGGCGGUGUUUACACUGGUGGCUCUCCAGGCGCUGACCGUGUUGUUAUCAACACCAGCUGCCAGUAUGCUGGCGCCAUUACUCACACUGGUGCUUCCGGUAACAACUUUGUUGGAUGCAGCGGCACUAGCUAA